GCGCUACUAGGUCACUUGGAAAUUCCUUAUUUCAGAUUUUCCGAGGUCCCGAGUUCGAACAUCCUUAAAACCAAAUCCCUAAUUUUUUUUCUCCCGUUUCCGUUUCCCUCGCCGGCGACAGCCAUGGAUUCAGGCUCUCAGGUUCCCGUUAAGUCCAAGAGGAGGUUUCAACCCAGAGCUCCCACGCCUUCUCCCCGACCGAUCCCUCCAAUAUCCAAAACUGAAGCUGAUGCGGCUGAGGAAGAGAAUAAAAAAGCAGCACGACAGAUCGCUAAACGUAUCGGCAUUGGCCGGAGGAGACCUAAAACCGAAACAAAAGCAUCUCCGGUUGAAGUUGCAUUCCAACCAAACUUCUCGUCACAUGCAAUAAAGUCGUAUGGGGUUCCUAAAGAAGAUGAUAAACACGACUCUGAUGUGAAACCCUCUUCUUCUUCUGCUACUCUUCCCUCUGCUGCUAUUGUUCCUGUUAUUUCUAGUGAUACUGCCCUGAAAGAUGUAGAAGAGGUUCAUAAUCGUGUUACGAGAAUUGAGCAGGACUACUUUGAACCUUGGGAUAUAAACUCCUACUAUCCUACUGUUCUUCCUUUGAGAAAGCCCAACUCUGGUGAUCCAGAACUUCUUGACCAGGAGGAAUUUGGGAACGUGGCUAAACACCUUCAUUAUGAUGAGAACAACAUCAACUCAGCAGAAGAACUCGGUCUGACAAUGGGACAACACUGCAAAAAACAGAUGCUUCUCUUUAAGAUUCCUGACUGUCUCCCUGUAACGAAGCAACCGACUGGAGCAAUCGCCAAGAGAUCAUUAUCUGAGAGAAGCAGCCCUUUUGAAGGUUUACCGGAGGGGUUCAUGGGCAAAAUGCUAGUUUACAAGAGCGGUACUGUCAAGUUGAAGCUUGGAGAUGUCCUCUAUGAUGUGUCGCCAGGUCCAAAUACAAUAUUUCAUAAUGAUGUGGCGGCUAUCGACAGCAAAGAGAGGAACUGCUGUCGCAUUGGUUCUUCAGCGAAGUUUGCGACUGUUACUCCAGAUGUUGAGUCUCUUCUGAACUCUGAACCAGACAUGCAGAAACACAAGUGAAGGUUGUUCUACUCGCAGUGGGUCUUGUUCAUAAAAUAUUGUGAAGAGCGUAGUAAGUAGUAUUGUCCACUUAGAUUAUUUUAACUAGAGACCUGUCAUGAUCGUAGAAACUCUUCUUUUAUGUCUUCUUGUGUUGUAAAAGAUCCAAUGGUAUUGGGGAGUAAAAGCAAACUCUUAGCAAUUUGAAACGUUCA